AUGAUCUCGGUAGGUGGAUGCAUCAUAAGUUUGGCAAAUGAUUCAUUGCACUCCAAGCGGUUAAUUCAUGAAGUCAAAGUUUGGAGGUUGUUAAAGCACAAACAUGUUGUCGAAUUUUACGGAUGGUUGCUCGAUCUGAGAAGUCCGGAACCACCAUCCCCAAGUCUUGUAUCGAAAUGGUGUGAACAUGGAGACGUACGAAUGUUUCUUCGUUGCCGGCCUGAUGCUGACCGCCAAGCGUUGAUCUGUGGCAUCGCCCAGGGCAUUGCAUACCUUCACUCCGAGAAAAUUGUCCAUGGCGAUAUCAAACCAGACAACGUCGUAGUUGACAAAUGCGAAGUCCCAAAAUUAUGCGAUUUUGGAGCAUCUUGCUUCCUUUCGGAAAGUUGCUUCGUUUUGGAGCUGAUAAGUGUGAAGACGUUGUAUUACGCGGCCCCAGAACUAUCUAUUUACCAGGACAAUGCCCAUCGAGGAAUGGAGAGCGACGUUUGGUCUUUCGGCUGCACAGCUAUGGAGGUACCGACCUGA